AUGUUCAUAACUGUUGUUGCUAGGCCACCUGUUAACACAAAUGGGGACAUAUUGUGGGAUGGGAAAAUAGGUAUCUUCCCUUUUACAGAGACACAAAUACCGAUCAGAAGUUCAGGCAAUAAGCAAGCAGGUACACCAGAAUUGAAAGCAAUUACAAAAGCCACAAGGUAUGUCAUCAGGGAAAAGUUUAUUUCUGGAGUAUUACCAGCAAUUAGAUCAAAAUGGCCAGCAAAUGGAGUUAGGGACAUAUGGAUUCAACAAGACAAUGCAAGGCCACACAUAUUAACAACUGAUCAUGCAUUUGAUGAAGCUGCAACACAAGAUGGAUUCAAUAUUAGGUUAGUUUGCCAACUGGCUUCAUCAAUUCAAUUUGGAGAAUUUCCUAGAGAUAUUCCAUCUUUAAUUAAGGCACUAACAGAUGCAUAUAAUACUUUUAAUCCAAGAUUUUUGAAUUACUCAUGGAUUCAAUAUCAAUUAUAUAUGCUUGAGGUACUUAAAGUUAGGGGUGGUAAUAAUUACGAGCAACCACACAUGGGAAAGAAAAGGUUGGACAAGUUAGGUGAAUUGCCAAGUGAACUUGAAGUUCCUUCGGAACUUAUAGGUUCAACUCAUUAA